AUGGCGCUUUCUACAGCGUUGAAGGAAGGCGAUUUUGUAAGGACAAGGUCUAUUCUGGAAGACGAGACAGGUGAUGCCAAGCUGGUCAUGAUAAACAGUGUGGAUUCUGAUGGAAAGACACCCCUCCAAAUCGCUUCAGAAGAAGGGCAUAUCGACCUCGUGAAAUAUUUGACUGAUUUGGGGGCGGAUCUAGACAAACCUAGUAGAAGCGGCGACGCCCCUCUUCACUAUGCGUCUCGGAGUGGCCGCCAGAAUGUCGCUCAAUAUCUCAUCGGUGAAGGAGCAGAUACCAAUAUUGGUGAUAGCAAUGGCUAUACACCUCUCUAUCUUGCUUCGGAGAAGGGUCAUUUUGGUGUUGUUGAAUGUUUAGUGAAUUCUGGAGCAGAUAUAAACAAGGGUUCAUAUGAUGGUUCUACACCCCUUUAUGCUUCCGCAAGAAAUGGUCGUCUUGAUGUUGUGAAAUAUCUCAUAACUAAAGGAGCAGAUAUGACAUUGAAGGGAUACGAAGGUAAAACUUCUCUUAGUACUGCUGCUUCCUGUGGUCAUCUCGAUGUAGUAAAAUACCUCUUAACUGAAGGUGCAGAGAUCAACAUGGAUGACAACAGCAAAUAUACACCACUUCAUGCGGCAUCAAAAGAGGGGCACCUUCAUGUUGUUGAAUAUCUAGUGAAUGCUGGAGCUGAUAUCAAUGAAACAUCUCAUAAUGGUUACACUCCGCUGUCGACGGCAUUAAUAGAGGGACGUCAGGGUAUUGUAGAGUUUCUCAUGACUAGGGAAGCAGACAUUGGCAACAGAGAUGACGUCAGUCUCCUUGUGCUUUCUAAGGCAUCAUCAGAGGGCUACCUCGACGCGGUAAGGUAUAUCAUAACUAAAGGGGUAAACUUCGAUUUGGGGGAUAGAGAUGGCUUCACACCAUUACAUCACGCUUCACAAAAUGGUCACAGCCAAGUUGUUGAAUGCCUGGUGGAUGCAGGAGCAAAUGUCAACAAAUCAUCGAAUAACGGACACGCACCACUCUAUACUGCAUUGAUUAAAGGUCACCUUGACAUUGUUAACUAUUUUAUCAUAAGAGAGGCAGAUAUUGGGAUCAGAGAUGACAUCGGCACAAACGCAAUUCGUCAUGCGUUACUUUAUGGUUACCUCGAUGUUGUCAAAUAUCUCAUCAGUAAAGUUGAUGACCUUGAUAGUUGUGAUGUUGAUGGUAACACACCUCUUUAUCUUACAUCAAAGAAAGGCCUUCUCGACCUUGUUGAAUGCCUCGUGUAUAAAGGAGUAGAUGUUAAUAAUGCAUCAGGACAGGAUGACUACACGCCCCUCUACGCCGCUUCUCAAGGAGGCUAUCUGGAGGUAGUUAAAUGCCUCGUGAAUAAAGGAGCCGAUGUGAACAAAGCGUCAGGAUAUCAUGGUACACCGUUACAUGGUGCAACGCAAGGGGGGCAUAUACAAGUUGUGAAAUACCUAAUGUCUAAAGGUACAGACCUAAAUACAUGUGCUGGUGAUAAUAACUAUACACUUCUUCAUAUUGCUUCACAGACAGGUCAACUUGAUAUUGUUGAGUGUCUCGUAAAUGCAGGAGCAGACGUAAACAAAGUAUCACACGAUGGAUAUGCACCACUAGGUAUAGCAUUACGUUAUAAUUAUCAUGAUUUAGCAAAAUUUCUCAUGUCUAAGGAAGCGGAUCUAGGACGUACUGAUAUUGUCCAUACUACUCUCCUAAAGGCAUCUUUCGAGGGUAACAUCAAUGCUGUAAAAUAUAUUAUACAUAAAGGAGUGGACGUUAAUACUGGUGAUGGAGAUGGUUAUACACCUCUGUACACUGCCUCACAAGAGGGUCAUCUCGAUGUUGUUGAAUGUCUAGUGAAUGCAGGAGCUGAUGUAAAGAUAGCAUCAAAGAAUGGCGUGACACCUCUUCAUGCGGCAUCAGACAGAGGUCAUGUUGACAUUGUGAAAUUUCUAAUUUCUGAAGGAGCAAACCCGAAUUCGGUUGAUAACAAUGGAUAUACACCCCUGUUCAGUGCCUCACAAAAAGGUCAUCUUGAUGUUGUUGAAUGUCUAGUUGAGGCAGGAGCUGAUGUGCAGAGAGCAGCAAAGAAUGGCGUGACACCUCUCCAUGCGGCAUCAGAAAGAGGUCAUGUUGACAUUGUGAAAUAUCUAAUUUCUGAAGGAGCAAACCCGAAUUCGGUUGAUAACAAUGGAUAUACACCCCUGUUCAGUGCCUCACAAAAAGGUCAUCUUGAUGUUGUUGACUGUCUAGUGGAGGCAGGAGCUGAUGUGAAGAUAGCAUCAAAGAAUGGCGUGACACCUUUUCAUGCGGCGUCAAUUACAGGUCAUGCCGAUAUUGUGAAAUAUCUAAUUUCUGAAGGAGCAAACCCGAAUUCGGUUGAUAACAAAGGAUGUACACCCCUGUUAGAUGCCUCACACAACGUUUAUCUCGAUGUUGUUGAAUGUCUAGUUAAUGCAGGAGCUGAUGUGAAUAAAGCAGCAAAGAAUGGCAUGACACCUCUUCAUGCGGCGUCAGAUGGAGGUCAUGUUGCCAUUGUGAAAUAUCUAAUUUCUAAAGGAGCGAAACCGAAUUCGGUUAAUAACGAUGGUUAUACACCCAUGUACAGUGGCUCACAAGAGGGUCAUCUCAAAGUUGUUGAAUGUCUAGUGAAUGCAGGAGCUGAUGUAAAGAUAGCAUCAAAGAAUGGCGUGACGCCUCUUCAUGCGGCAUCAGAAAGAGGUCAUGUUGACAUUGUAAAAUUUCUAAUUUCUAAAGGAGCUAAUACAAGUUCGGUUAAUAACAAUAGUGUUACACCCCUGUGCAGAGCCUCACAAAAAGGUCAUCUUGAUGUUGUUGAAUGUCUAGUGAAUGCAGGAGCUGAUAUGCAGAUAACAGCAAAGAAUGGCGUGACAACUCUUCAUGUGGCGUCAUUUAAUGGUUAUCUCGAUGUUGUUGAAUGUCUAGUGAAUGCAGGAGCUGAUGUAAAGAUAGCAUCAAAGAAUGGCGUGACACCUCUUCAUGCGGCAUCAGAAAGAGGUCAUGUUGACAUUGUGAAAUAUCUAAUUUCUGUAGGAGCAAACCCGAAUUCGGUUGAUAUCAUUGGUUAUACACCCCUGUACAGUGGCUCACAAGAGGGUCAUCUCAAAGUUGUUGAAUGUCUAGUGAAUGCAGGAGCUGAUGUGAAGAUAGCAUCAAAGAAUGGUGCGACACCUCUUCAUGCGGCGUCAUUUACAGGUCAUGUAGACACUGUGAAAUUUCUAAUUUCUAAAGGAGCUAAUGCAAUGAAUGCAGGAGUUGAUGUAAAGAUAGCAUCAAAGAAUGGCGUGCGACCUCUUCAUGCGGCGUCAUUUAGAGGCCAUGUUGACAUUGUGAAAUAUCUAAUUUCUAAAGGAGCUAAUCCAAGUUCGGUUGAUAACGAUGGUUAUACACCCAUGUACAGUGGCUCACAAGAGGGUCAUCUCAAAGUUGUUGAAUGUCUAGUGAAAACAGGAGCUGAUGUAAAGAUAGCAUCAAAGAAUGGCGUGUCACCUCUUCAUGCGGCAUCAGAAAGAGUGAAUGCAGGAGCUGAUGUAAAGAUAGCAUCAAAGAAUGGCGUGACACCUCUUCAUGCGGCAUCAGAAAGAGGUCAUGUUGACAUUGUGAAAUAUCUAAUUUCUGUAGGAGCAAACCCGAAUUCGGUUGAUAUCAUUGGUUAUACACCCCUGUACAGUGGCUCACAAGAUGGUCAUCUCAAAGUUGUUGAAUGUCUAGUGAAUGCAGGAGCUGAUGUGAAGAUAGCAUCAAAGAAUGGAGCUAAUCCAAGUUCGGUUAAUAACGAUGGUUAUACACCCAUGUACAGUGGCUCACAAGAGGGUCAUCUCAAAGUUGUUGAAUGUCUAGUGAAUGCAGGAGCUGAUGUAAUGAUAGCAUCAAAGUAUGGCGUGACACCUCUUCAUGUGGCGUCAAUUACAGGUCAUGCCGACAUUGUGAAAUAUCUAAUUUCUGAAGGAGCAAACCCGAAUUCGGUUGAUAACAAUGGAUAUACACCCCUGUUUAGUGCCUCACAAAAAGGUCAUCUUGAUGUUGUUGAAUGUCUAGUUGAGGCAGGAGCUGAUGUAAAGAUAGCAUCAAAGAAUGGCGUGUCACCUCUUCAUGCGGCAUCAGAAAGAGGUCAUGUUGACAUUGUGAAAUAUCUAAUUUCUAGAGGAGCAAACCCGAAUUCGGUUGAUAACUUUGGAUGUACACCCCUGUAUAGGGCCUCACAAAAAGGUCAUCUCGAUGUUGUCGAAUGUCUAGUGAAUGCAGGAGCUGAUGUGAAGAUAGCAGCAAAGAAUGGCGUGACAACUCUACAUGCGACGUCAGAUACAGGUCAUGUUGACAUUGUUGAAUAUCUAAUUUCUAGAGGAGCAAACCCGAAUUCGGUUGAUAACAAUGGAAAUACACCCCUGUACAGUGCCUCACUUAAAGGUUAUCUCGAUGUUGUUGAAUUUCUAGUGAAUGCAGGAGUUGAUGUAAAGAUAGCAUCAAAGAAUGGCGUGCGACCUCUUCAUGCGGCGUCAUUUAGAGGCCAUGUUGACAUUGUGAAAUAUCUAAUUUCUAAAGGAGCUAAUCCAAGUUCGGUUAAUAACGAUGGUUAUACACCCAUGUACAGUGGCUCACAAGAGGGUCAUCUCAAAGUUGUUGAAUGUCUAGUGAAUGCAGGAGCUGAUGUAAUGAUAGCAUCAAAGUAUGGCGUGCGACCUCUUCAUGCGGCGUCAUUUAGAGGCCAUGUUGACAUUGUGAAAUAUCUAAUUUCUAAAGGAGCUAAUCCAAGUUCGGUUAAUAACGAUGGUUAUACACCCAUGUACAGUGGCUCACAAGAGGGUCAUCUCAAAGUUGUUGAAUGUCUAGUGAAUGCAGGAGCUGAUGUAAUGAUAGCAUCAAAGUAUGGCGUGACACCUCUUCAUGCGGCGUCAAUUACAGGUCAUGCCGACAUUGUGAAAUAUCUAAUUUCUGAAGGAGCAAACCCGAAUUCGGUUGAUAACAAUGGUUAUACACCCCUGUGUAGAGCCUCACAAAAAGGUCAUCUCGAUGUUGUUGAGUGUCUAGUGAAUGCAGGAGCUGAUGUGAAGAUGGCAUCAAAGAAUGGCGUGACACCUCUUCAUGCGGCAUCAGAAAGAGGUCAUGUUGACAUUGUGAAAUAUCUAAUUUCUCAAGGAGCAAACCCGAAUUCGGUUGAUAACGAUGGUUAUACACCCCUGUGUACUGCCUCACAAGAGGGUCAUCUCGAUGUUGUUGAAUGUCUAGUAAAUGCAGGAGCUGAUGUGAAGAUAGCAUCAAAGAAUGGCGUGACACCUCUUCAUGCGGCAUCAGAAAGAGGUCAUGUUGACAUUGUAAAAUAUCUAAUUUCUCAAGGAGCAAACCCGAAUUCGGUAACAAACAUUGGAUUUACACCCCUGUGCAGUGCCUCACAAGAGGGUAAUUUUGAUGUUGUUGAAUGUCUAGUGAAUGCAGGAGCCGAUGUGAAGAUAGCAUCAAAGAAUGGCGUGACAACUCUUCAUGCGGCGUCAGAUAGAGGUCAUGUUGACAUUGUGAAAUAUCUCAUUUCUCAAGCAGCAAACCCGAAUUCAGUUGAUAACAAUGGAUAUACACCCCUGUUAGGUGCCUCACGUAAAGGUCAUCUCGAUGUUGUCGAAUGUCUAGUGAAUGCGGGAGGGGAUGUACACAAACCAUCAAUUGAUGGUGAUCUACCACUUCAUGCUGCCUCUCGAGGGGGCUACCUUGACAUUUUAAAAUAUCUCAUUGCGAAAGGAGCAGAUAUCAAGGCACUAUCUGAAAGCCUAGUGUCGGAAAAUGAUUCCAAGAAGGACGCGUUUUUAACUUUCGCAUUGAAACAAAGAUUUGAAGACACCAUCAGUGGUGGCUAA